AUGGCUCAAUCGAACUCACAUACUCGGACACAGGACAUACAGGAAGACCUGCCCACGAGACAUCACGCAGAGGAAGUACUGGCUAGCCUCCACGGGUUACUGACCACCAUCUACAAUGACUGCGACCACCACAGUGAUACGUCUCAAGAUCAAACAGUCGACCACAUGGCCGGGGCUUACUCGAGACCAACAACCGAGAGGAUGGACACUGGUCCUGCACACCAGGACACAAGCAAAGACGCCCGUCACCCACAGGCCCCAUCUCCCCAACACCCCAACCAACCCGCCUCGACUCCAUACCCACCGGUGCAGGUAUGGCAUACUGUCGCCUCGACACACCGAGGAACAGACGAUCCAAGUCGUUGUGGGCUGAUGACCGGAAGAGUCUCGACCAUUGACCUAACCGAUAAUCCACACGAGCGAGCGCCCUAG